CCUGGGCGGGUAAUAUACGGUAUCACCGCAGGGGAAUAGAAGACUGGCUUUCAUUCCGAACCACCACGAAUUGCGCGAAUAUGGCACCGCAUGACAUUCGCCGUCCACACAAACGCCCGGCGAUCUCUGAUCAGCAGAAGCGGCGGGAACUUUCUUUGCAAAGGCAACAGCAGAAUCGCCGCGAUGCUCAGCAACAAGCACGUUCCUUAGCCUCCACGCUUCUCUCCCUUUCAUCCUCAUUCGACGAGCCUAGUACCUCCGAGCCGGUGCUGGAAAUUGAACUAAACGAACUCGAAUCCGGAACGGAAUGUUCUCUGGAGAUUUUAUCGGAACGUGAGUUUAACGAACCUGCUCUGAAGGAACUCGAUGUUCGCCAGGCAUCGAAGCUCAAAAGUUCAGAGGCUCGUAAGUGGUUUUCGAAGCAACUGCUGCUUCCUGAGUGGAUGAUAGACGUUCCCGAUCGACUUAGCGAUGAAUGGUACGUGUUUGCAAGGCCUUCCGGUAAACGGUGCUUUGUAGUUUCCUCCAAUGGAACAACGAUCAGUAGGCUACGAAAUGGAUCGAUUCUGCAUCGUUUUCCUUCUUCUCUACCUAACGGAGCAAAGACAAAGAAAGCCUCUGGUUCCGGUCAAACAUAUUCUAUUCUAGAUUGUAUCUUUCAUGAAACAGAUCAAACGUACUACGUCAUUGAUAUGAUUUGUUGGCGAGGAUAUUCUCUUUAUGAUUGCGCAGCCGAGUUCCGGUUCUUCUGGCUCAAUUCCAAGCUCGCUGAAAGUGGAGCUUGUGAACUGCCUUCAUACUAUCACAAGUAUAAAUUCAGCUUGGUACCUGUAUACUCAUGCGAUCAAAAUGGUCUCCAUGCAGCUUAUGCAGGAGCAGCACCUUUUGUCAAGGAUGGUCUAUUAUUUUACAAUAAGCAUUCCCACUACCAGCCAGGAAAUACACCACUUGCAUUGGUCUGGAAGGAUGAGAAUUGCAGUCAAUAUGUUAUUGACACGGAUAGUAAUGGACAAGUUCCAAGCCAACAGCAGCUGGUUUUGGAGCUACAAAGUGAUGGGAAGGUGGCUACAUCAGAUGAUCCUCCUGUGUACUUUGGAUGCUUAGACGGUGACUUUCUCGGAAAGUUAGGUUUGUCUUCAGGCAAUUUAUUGCGAUUCACCAUUGGUGAUGGAGGGUUAACAAUUGUGGACGGGAGGAUUCAAGGGGCAGAUUUACAAUACAGUGGCAAGGUCAAUCGAGCUCGAGCCUUUGCAGAUAGUUACUCCAAGGUUAUGUUUCAAUAUGCAGCUCGUCGCUCACCUUUAAAAAUAGACGAUCUAUUAGCAUCCAUCAAUUCGUCGAAUGAUGGAGGAGGUCAUGAUUCUGAAAUGGUUGGAUAGUUGUUGAUAGCUCUAGGGAAGGAGCUAGAAAUUUUCCUGAGGGACAAAACUAAUUUUACUUUUGAACUUUCUGUAUAUAUUAUUUGUUGUGGGGGAUCCUUCCUGUGCUCUCUGGUAAUAGAUUGGCAUGGCACGUAAUACUUUUACGAUCAUUUGUCGACUCCCAUACAACAAGGGUUCCAAUAUGCUGUAUGUUGUUGUCCAUUAUAAAGCCAAGGAGAUCCUACAUCAAACUAGGGCAGCUUUCUGUUCAACCAAAUUUGAGUAAUACUACUGUGGGUGGUAUUGUUAAUCUUAAUUCGUUACUCAAAAGUUCGAAUCUGUCAGAUUUCAUGGUGUUAUUCAACGUGGGUUCAAGUUGAACGUUGGUGAAUCUCUUGCUGCAAACAUCUUCACUCCUUUUAGAGGUAAUCCUUAACGGUGAACAUUUGUAGCUAAUUUAUUGGAUUUAAUGUAUUGUAUGUUGUGACAAAUUAUUCAAAAGUAUUAAUCAAUCUUAAACGGACAAACAAGCUUCAGGUGCUGACCUUUUCAUCGAGGAUUAUUGAGUUGGUUUUACAAUUUACUGGUAAGCUUGAGAAUUGUGUGUU